ACAAAUUGGUGCCGUGCAGAUACCUUGAAUACCAACACCAACCAGUCGUACCCGCAGUAUUAUACUCAGCCCCGUCCCGUUAAAAAUAAGGAUCUAAGUGACUAUGGCGACCCCAACUAUUACAGGAGGGAACAGCCCAAGAACCCAGUGAGAAGACAUACGUUGGACAAUCUUGGGGACACCAAAGCCAUCAAUACUCAAGCGAAGACGCUUCACAAACCCAGCCGAACACGAGAAGAUAGGGAGCGAUUUAUGGAGUACUUAAAGAAGACUCAUCCAGACGAUAUUCCAUUGCGUCACCCACAGGCACUGCCACUUCGGCAACCCAACUUUGGAAAUGGAUUUCGCGAUGACAUGGACACUAGGUCUGAGGCUGAUGCUCCGCAAGGAUUCACAAGGAACUCCAACUAUCGCGCCAGCUUGCCGGUUCUAAGGAGACAUAACAACAAAUCAAGAGAGAAAACAAUGGGUCUAGUCUACCUGCAGUAUAUGGGCGAGACUAAACGUGGUAUAUUGCCAAAUGAGAUUACAGGCGUUGAUACCGUCAGGGCGCUGUUUGUGCGUGCCUUCCCAGGAAAGCUUACAUUGGAAGCCCUUGAGAAACCUGAGCGAAGGAUCUACAUGAGAGACCCAGCAACUGAAAUUUUUUAUGAGCUAGAAAACCUAAACGAAGUCAAAGACCAUUCGGUACUGAAAGUACAUGAACCAGGUGAAGAGACACACAUGGGCACACGCUCGGCCCCGGUCUCGGCCCGCUCCACACCAAGUGAUUUCAGCCUGUUCUCGGAACCAGAAUUAGACUUUGAUAAUUAUGAUAAACAGAGACAAAAAUAUCAAGUUGCAUCUUCAUUGACAACUGUUAAAGAACAAUCCGGGAAAGGAUCCAACGUUAACGUGCCGGGCCCAAUGAUUCAUCACGGUCCAGUACCAAAUCGUGGCAUGUCGGAUAAUUACGCACAGUUGAGUGGCACCCUAGAUCAAAAUAAACUGAAGGCUGCUCAAGGAAGAAGUGAGAAGCAAAACAUUAUUCCAAUGCAGACAUCGCAGCUACACCAGCGGCCUAGCUCUGCCAUGGGUUACAGGGAACACCAGAGCAGGUACACAGGACCGGACAACUUUAGGAGAGGUACUCCAGAUAGGGCAAGUGCCACACUCACACGAAAUAGAGACUAUGAAGAGUUGCAUCGUGGGCCUGGCCGUCAGAACCAUACGCCAUCCCAUAGUAGAAACUACUCUGAUGGCCCACAGAGAGUGCCUAUACAACAUAGGAGUGUAUCACAUGAGGGUCAUGUACCACAAGGGUACACACCAUCAUCAGUAGCUGACACCAAUGGUCAUCAUCCCAGCCCAGGAAAGGGUCAGUAUGCUCGAAUGUCAAACUCAUUGGACAACCUUGAUGCGCCAGAGUCAAAGCACAGGCCAGCCAGCCAACGUGACGUACCCCCGACACCGUCCAACUACUCACAACAAAGUACGCCGAGAUCGCGCUCCUCACAGAGUCUUAACCUACCUGGCACCCCCACUCGUAACCGCCAGAGAGAGUCUUUUGGAUCUCCGAGACACUAUUCUCAUGGUGGAAGUGCUCAGAGAGGGCGCCAGAUGAAUAGAACGGAGCUUGAAUUAAAGCAGAGAAGUCACAGCCAACCACCAGGGAAAGGUGCUACUGAUAAUGGAGGCAUGUACAUUAUGCAAAGACCAACCAGUACGUCCAUCACGGACCAAGCUCAGCGUGCAUACUAUAUGCAAAGCCCGCCCCCUAACUCUUCUGGGCGCUCAACACCAUUUGAUCCAGAAGCCAAUGCUCGUAUGUCGGCCAUGGAGCACCAAAUCGCAAGUUUAGCUGGAAUUCUUGAGACUGCCCUCACUACUGGUAGCAUUGGAAGUCCUGAUGAACAAAAGGCACGCAAGCUUCCACCUGGAAUGUCUUCCAGUAGGAGUGAAGAGGUCCUACGGAUGAUUACUGGAUCCAGUGUUGCUUCAUCGGAAAUGUCAGCUGACGGUAGUGAUGCAUCAGGAAGCUCCUGCGUUACACCAGUUAUCAAUGUCCACUUGAGAAACUCAGCUCUCGAUCUACGACAAACAGCGAGGACCCUACGGGACCAACUGAAGCAGCUUCGCAUUCUUCAACUAAAUCAUGCUCAGAAAAUGAAUGAUAUGUUAAACAUAACGUCGCGUAAAAUCACCCAGGCCCUAGAUGCCACGCCGCAGGCAAAUAAUCACCCUAUCAGAGCCGAGAGGAGUCGCGUCCAUCAAGAAUUCAUUCGAUACAAGUCAACAGCAGACAAAAUUCAUUAUGAUUUAGAAGAUUUAGAAGCAACAGUGGAGGAAACAAGAUGUGAUGUAGUGAAUAAACAAUGCCGGGUUGAUAUGCAAGAUAUUAGCAAUAUGAGCACUUUGCUUGGCAACACAACUAAGAAGAUUUCUGAACAAAAAGUUGCCUUUCCAAUUUUGUCAGAUAAGAUGAAAAAAGUGAUGAAUGAAGAGAUGUCUGUAGUAGUGCAAGAAGAAAACUUUUUAAAAGAGGAGCCACCAAAGCUAGAUGACUAUAUGAAACGAUGUAAAAAGCUUACAGGAACGCUGCAUACAUUAAAAAGGUUGGGAGGGGUGCAGGAACACCGAUCUCCUGUUGUUCCAGUAAUAGAGCCCUCACCCGGUGUACCUAGCCGGUCUGCUUUGUUGGAGAACAUCAAAGGAUUGGAGCCUGACCAUGAUAAUCGGGUUAAAAAGAUCCAGGCGGCAGAUGAGUCAAGGGAACGAAAACGUCGCUUUACUAACUCACAAGAUCUCCGCAAAUUUGAAAAAUCACUUGAUCAGGGAAAUAAGUCACUACGGAAAACUAACCAUAUGAAUGAUAUUGAAUCCAGGGCAAAGUCGCACCUUAGCAACCUGUAUCGCCAGGAGGAACACGACCACAUGACCCCAAUUGUGACUCCAGAGAAGAGAGAAAAGCUUGCCGCUAAGAAGGAAAUUAAGCUGAACAAACAAGGCAAAGCACCACCUCCCCCGCCACCCAGGAGGUCCAAUUUGUCAGCCCGUGUUUUGCAAUCACCUGAAAAUUCCUCAGCCGGUAGUUUAUCGAGCUCUGAAGGAACAACUGUAGUCACAACGUCAACUGAAAAGGUGGAUGACCCUUCAUUUGUGUCCAAGAAAAAAGUGGUGCUCAUCACCAAAACACAAACAACUACAGUUUCUCCAGUAAGUAAAGAAGCUGAAGUUAAUGUAAAUACCAAGAAUGGUACAGGGAUUGACAUGCCACCCCAGGGGGUUAGUGUGAGGGGAAACCAGUGUGAAGAUUCUCCACUUGCUCUGAAAAUUCCAACAGAACUUGUUGUCAGACCCAAAGUAAAGACUCUACCGAUUGUAGCUCAAAGCCAGGUCUCUCCACCACCCGCACAUCCUCCGCCACCCACUCAGAUGGAUUAUAUUCCUAGACCAGCCUUUUUAAAAAAAUCUGUGCACGAUAAACAUUCAAUACAAAAACAAUCCCCACAAAAUGUUCAGAAGUAUGGGUUGGUGAGCCCAAGAGCUCAACAGACAACAAGGCUACCACAGCCUCAGGUUCAUUAUAACUAUGGCUCACCAAAUAUGGUGUCCCAUCAGAGAUCUCCCCCAAAGAUUGGUCCAAAACCAAACCAACAUCCAAUGCAAUUGGUACCACCACCUAAGCCUCCCAGAGCCCAAAGCACAAAGAUAACUGCCCAGCCACUGAACAUGCCUAAGAAUAGAAUUCCUACAAAACAGUAUAAUGGAGGUCACACACAACAUUCCAACAUGCAAUCUAUGCAGAGUCCAAAGAGGCAUGCAACCAAUCAUUCUGAAAAUGAUUAUAUGAAUAUUGAUGAAUUGCUAAAGUUGAGGAAUGGUGGAAGCCACUCAUAUCCAAACACACCGAGGAAAAUGAAUGGUUCCCAUCCAAGUCCACGUAUGGUGAAUCCACAAGCUAGCAGCUCAACAGUCAAUAUCCGUCACAAUGAUGGUAAGCAAUAUGGACAGUCAAGCAACCAAGCACAUUUACCUAAGAGUGCCUUCAGUGAGGUUCAUGGACCUCGUAGUGGUUCACCUAUGACCAAUGGAAACCACCAACAGAUGCAGAGGAACACUGCAUCCCCAUCUCCACAGCAUCGAAAUGGAAACUCACCAAACGAGAGAACACGUCUUGCCAAGCAAUUAUCAAAUCCGAAGCUGAAUAUGUCCCCAUCUCCAGUUGGGGGCAUGAAGGUAGGCUGCCAUAGCUUGAGCAACUCUCCAGUACAACACCAGAAGGAUCAACAGUUACGUGAACAGUACGCCAUUCUAAAAAAACUCCAGCAGGAGAAUAAACGAAAACAGAAUGGAAGUCCAUCAUCUCAGCCACAGGUAGCACAGCCAAACGAGGCUCGCAGACAACAACAGACUGAGUCUUUAGACGAGGUGCUGGCUGAUCUCGACAGAGUUGUUAAUGAACCUCUUGGAGAUGGUAAACCGCCCUCAACGCCAAUAAGCACUUCAAACACAGCUGCUCUUCUUAAUGGCUUAGUUCCAGCACCGCCCCCAAUGUACGGAUCAAUGCUAGACAAGCAGAAAUGCAGGUCACAAACUCUACCAGCAAGAGUCUCGUCACCAAAAGUGCGAAAGAGUGAUCUCCAGUCACUAAAGCAGCUGUCGACAGGGACGUUAAAGGUUCGAUCGAACACUCUGGGUGAAGCACCAAGCGAUAGCGUUUGGUCUGUAAGAAAUGGAAAUUUAGGAACGUUACGCCGGAGCCAAACAGAAGGAAACAGCAUCUGGUGUAAAGCAGAAGAUGUUCCAAAGUCUGCCCGAGGAGGUUUGCAAGGAAUGGAGACAUCCAUUUGACAUUAGUCAUUAUCACUAUUAAUGGAACAGUGAAAAAGAAAUUCAGGUGUUUACUUCCACCUAUUGACAAUUGGAAGUGGGCAUGCUGCUGUAAUGUGUGACAAGGCUAACAUAGUGUAAGCGUAUAUCUUAUAAAGAUGUGCCUCAUGGCGUUACCACAUGCCAUGAAUAUUCGCAGCCUGUAACAGGUGUGUUGUGCAAACAAAUUCUGCCAAGUUCAUUUAGCAUUUUUUGAUUUACAUAAUAAUCCCAAAAGAGGGCAGUAUGUAGGUUAAUGCUCGUAAGCGUUGCUUAGGCACAGUCAUUGUGAUUACGCAGUUCAAAUAUACCUAUGUGACUUUAAACAUUACAUUUUGGAAGUUAUUGAAGGUUUGAAUUGUCUGUAAAGAUGUUUAACUGCGUUGCUUUCAAAAGCUAGAUAAUGUGGAGAGAAUUUCAUAAUUUGUAUCUAUGACCAGAUGAAGCGAUCGCCACAGAUGGUUGUUGACAUUGUCUUCCUUGCCAUUAACCUUCAGCUACAAACGGUUUGAAAAUGAAUUUUAUAAAACAUAAUUGUGUAUUAUUCAUGAUAAACUGUCAUGGAAGAUGUUUUGCUAAUUAUUAAGUUUUCAAAAUAGGAGAAAAAUUAUGAUCAAUGUAAAUGGUUAUUUGCCAGCUUACUGUAUUGAGAACAAAGUUUGAUCUAUUCUGUGGUUGGCUGCAGAGUUUAGAGAUAUCUGAUUGUGUAAUAGUGAUAGCAAACACAAUGACUGUGUUCCUCAAUGGUCAUCAUUAAUGUCCAGUUGGUGAGUAGACAUGCUCAAUUUUAGUGGUUUGUGAACAGAAAUUAUGCUGAAAUGUAAUCCCGAUAAUCAAAGCAGGCGAUGCUGCUUUGGACUUAGAUUGAAAUUUAUAUAUUGUUAGUAUAAAAUUAAAUAGUAUAUAUCUAUAAUACUUCAGAGUCUAGUAAACCAUCCAUGAUAAUGUCACAAAGUUCAUAGUUCAUUAUGGUCUGUUUAAAUUAAGAGAUUAAGAAAAUGAAGUAUAUCCAUAUAAUUCCAGCAUCUGGGUUCUUUUUUUUCAACUAUUGCAUUAGCUCUUAAUGAUGUUUCACUAACCAUGUGCUUGUCAAAAUUUGAUGAAUUUGUUUCCAUUUGUAGAUAAUAUCUCUGAUUGAUUUUUAUUUUCAUAUAAGAAUAAUUUCUUUCAUGUUUUAUGAUUUGAAGUCUUUCUGUUUGCAUUAACUUCUUCCCAUAAUUGGUGCAAAGGCCAUUUAAUAUGGUGCACAUUAUGAUAUAGAACAGUAUUCAUAAUUUCAUUAUUGUAUAAUUUAGUAUUUUAUAAAGAUAUUUGAUAUGUUGUGGCAAACAGUAGACAGUAAGUUAAUUAUAAAAGCUAAAAUGACAAAGUUAAAAAUGGGGAAAAUAGACCAAGUACAUAAGCCAUCUCCAUAGAUUAUAAGUAAAGAAUUUUAAUAAUUAGUUGUGGUGACGUGUACAGUAGCUAAUUUAUAUGUUUCCCUGUCUCGAUGUGUUGUAGGAAAAUGCAGUUGAAUUAUUUUUUCUAUACCAAAGUAACGUCAAAUUUGAAAAAAACGUUUUAAGAUAUUGUAUUUAAAAUCUGAAUAAGUAUGGUUUAUUUGGAGCACAAUAGCUGUAUUGAUUCAAUUGCAAUACAUAAUUUAUUGUCGUUAAAGGUCAAUCAAUUUGUAUAUAGGCAUAUUUCAAAUAAUUAUGAACCAUUUAGGUAACUUGUUUUUAGUUAUGGAAAAGUCCACUUGUAAUUACUGUACCUGGGUUUCGUUUUAGGGACUUUACCUUUUUUAGGGACUUCCCUUCUGUCGUUUUAUCAACAGUGUACUCAAGAUUUAUUGCUUCUAAACUAUUUGAAUCAUCUAUUAUUAUUCGGUGCAUUUUUUUUUGGUUUGUUUGACUGUGUGUGAAGAAAUGAUAUUGUCAAAACAAAAACGUUCGAAACGUUUCUUCUUGUGUCACUUUUGCACAUUCGUUUUGUGGUCAUCGUUCAUGUCCAAAAUGUAUAUAAAUAAUAGAUACUAAGUUGGCUUUCGAAUGCAGUAGUAACCUUCCUUGUCUUGUAGCUCUGUCCAAGUUUUUUGUAUGUGUCAGUAAUCACAAAGAGAGUAAUACUAUGACGGUUCUCGUUAGUCACCGACCUCGUUGAACUACUGUAUUCGUAAUUAUAUAGAGUGAACAAGGCGUUGGUAAUUUAUAUUUUUGUUUCAUUUUUUAUUUUAAUUUUGUAAUUGAUCAAAUGAUCUUUCAAACAUAAUUUUUUCCCCUCAAUUCAUAAAGCAAAACCAAUUAAUGCAAGUUAAAAUGUCAAAAAUAAGACGUCAGUAAGAUGUCAGUUUCGUGUGGGUAGAGAAUUAUGUGUCUGUAAUUAACAAAUCUCAAGUUAUGUGAUGAUAUCGUAACAAACCAAUCAGUUGUGCACUUUGUGGUCAUGUGACGUGAUGAGAUGAGUUUGUGUAAAAAUAAGUGGUUUGCUUUAAUCAAAUGUGUAGUAAAUGUAGCUAUUGAAAUAAAGUCAAUGAAUAGAAUCAACA